UGUUCCGGAUCGCCGCGAGCACAGUAAAAUCAUCUUCUCCUCUCUCUCUCUCCCUAGCGGGCUGACUGCUCUUGCGGCUGGACUGGGGCCGAACCCUCGAUCGGCGCGGGCGGACGGCGGCGACCACCGGAGGCGAGAGAUGGUGGUGAUCGAGCUCGAGCCGGAGCACGAGGGCGAGGAGACGAAACGCCCCUCCUCGCCGCCGGAGUUCGUGGAAGCCCCGGACCCGAGGAGCGCGGAGCAGGACGAGGAGGCCUUCGAGGACGCGCUCACCGACGAGCAGCUGCGGGAGAAAGCUAGAAGCCAAGCAAACGAUGCAAAAGCAGAAGGAAAUAAGCAUUUUGCAGCUGGACAGUACGAGGAUGCAUUAUCACAAUAUGAAAUUGCACUGGAAAUUGCUGCUGAACUGGAAUCUUCUGAAGAUAUAUCCUCUGCAUGCCAUUCAAAUCGUGCUGUAUGUUUCUUGAAAUUGGGGAAAUAUGAUGAAACAAUUAAGGAGUGCACCAAAGCGCUUGAGCUGAAUCCUUCAUAUUUGAAAGCUCUGCUUCGGAGGGGAGAAGCACAUGAAAAGCUUGAAAACUAUGAUGAUGCUAUUGCUGAUAUGAAAAAAAUCAUUGAGCUAGAUCCUUCAAAUCAACAGGCUAAGAAAUCAUUGUUCCGACUUGAGCCACUGGCAGCAGAGAAAAAGGAAAAGAUGAAGGAGGAAAUGCUUGCAAAGCUGAAAGAUCUGGGCAACUCGGUGCUGGGGCGGUUUGGGAUGAGCGUGGACAAUUUCAAAGCUGUCAAGGAUCCAAACACUGGCUCGUACUCCGUUUCUUUCCAGAAGUAGUAGCAUAUAGCAUAAUGAACUAUACAGACGAACCUGGCUUGGUGUCCAUUGAGGCCUUGAGGGGGAGCAUCCAGUAUAUCCUUUGAAUCAUGGUGGCUGUUGACGAUAAGUUAUGUAAUGCUCUUGCACUCUUGCUGUCAGAACGCUGGAUCUGAAGAUGAGCCUGACCGUUCUUGGACUUUAUUCUCCUUGGGUGCUUUCACGUAUGAUACACAUGUACAUUUGCUGCCUAGGCACUAAGUUGUUUUUGUAAACGACUCCUCAUUUUUCUUUUGUAGUACGGAUGCACUAUCUGUUGUCGAAUUGCUUUUAUGGCAGAUCCUUACCUGUUGGUUCA